CCAUUGUAUACAGCGGAGGAAACCCUGUGCCGUGAGCAGCCAUCUUGGAUAGACAGAUCAUACUUGAGCCAGGAUAACCUGCAUUCCUCUUCUGAACAGCUCAAGAACACAAAGCUCAAAAGACUUAAUUUCUGAGCAACCAUGGCCACUGCACCGUACAACUACUCCUACAUUUUCAAAUACAUCAUAAUCGGGGACAUGGGGGUAGGGAAGUCAUGUUUGCUCCACCAGUUCACAGAAAAGAAAUUCAUGGCGGAUUGCCCCCAUACGAUUGGCGUAGAGUUUGGUACAAGGAUAAUUGAGGUGAGCGGCCAGAAGAUCAAGCUGCAGAUUUGGGACACAGCGGGGCAAGAACGCUUCAGGGCAGUCACCCGCUCCUACUACCGUGGAGCUGCAGGGGCGCUCAUGGUCUACGACAUCACCAGGAGAAGCACAUACAACCAUCUCAGCAGCUGGCUGACUGAUGCCAGAAACCUCACCAACCCCAAUACUGUGAUCAUUCUCAUAGGAAACAAAGCGGACCUGGAGGCCCAGAGGGAUGUCACGUAUGAGGAAGCGAAGCAGUUUGCUGAAGAGAACGGUCUGUUGUUUUUGGAAGCCAGUGCAAAAACAGGUGAAAACGUUGAGGACGCCUUCCUGGAAGCUGCGAAGAAGAUCUACCAGAACAUCCAAGAUGGCAGCCUGGACCUGAACGCCGCAGAGUCAGGGGUCCAGCACAAGCCCUCGGCCCCCCAGGGCGGUCGGCUAACCAGCGAACCACAGCCCCAGAGGGAAGGCUGCGGAUGCUAAUGACCAAGCAAACCCCCUUCAUCCUCCCAUUCCUCCAUCUGUCUGUCCUGCCCGCCCUCCCUCAACCAUCCCCCCUUCAUCCACCUUCGUACGUCCAUCCACCCUCACUGCACCAGGGGCUGCAUGAGAGCAGGGCUGCGGAGGAAAGGAACGGGGGAUGGAUAUCGACUUGGGCCAGACUAAGCUGGACUGUGUGGACUACAUCUCCCCCUAUCUCUCUGCCUGUCUGUCUCCCUUCGUUGCUGUCUUACUCCUCCUCUCUAAACUCUGUCAGUGUGUUGUCGUCCCAUAACGCUCCUCUUUCGCUUCCCUCCACUCUUUUGCACCAUUCAGUCUAGUUCCCCUCCAGUCAUAGUAUCGUAGACGCCACCACGCAUUACUGACACUUUAGAUAGAUGUAACAUUCAUACGAUAAUGGUAAACCAAGACUGUUUUUUUUAUGUUUGGUUUUAUAGCUAUAUAUGACAUGUAAACGUUGCAUUAAAUUUCAUCCACCACUGAUCAGUUGUGUGUGACUAAACUCCUGAGGUCUCAUGCGUGGUUCACCAAUCAGGCAUUUUAUGUUCUCCUGCAGUUAAUUAUUGCAGGAUUGGACAGUGGAGUAGUGCAUCAUGCAGGUUGAGGCUCUUCAAUGCGUGUCAAAAGAAUGUGUAGCCGAGUGAGCUUUUUCAGCAGGAUUCAAACCUGCUUGUGGCUUUUAAUUCUGUUUCUGCUGCUCGACACGAAGAGAGUUCCUUUGCCAGAUGGCGAUGAUGUUCUCAGGAGAGAGGGAAAAUAAUAGAAAAACAGGAAUUGUCGACAAAUUAAAGUAAUUCCUCAGUCUCUCCUAUGAGAUGACAGGAAGGAAUAGUGGGUGUUUUCUUGCUAGUCUGUGUGUUAAGUUGGAUGAUUUUUGGUGUAAAGAUUCCUUCACAUCAGUUUCUUUGCACCAGCUCUCCCUCGCCUCACCCAUCUGAUCCCAAACCUUCUCCCCCAGGUCAUAUCAACAAGGUUUCUGUCUUUACCAGCAUUUUCUUUGUCAUGGUUUGUUGCCUUAUAAUUCAUGUUAUUACUCUUUAAUCUUUAUUGUAUUGCUGCACUUCCUCUUCACCCUGCUAUUGGACUCACCCCAAAUAAAGCCACUCUUAGAUUCAUUAUUGCAUCUUACUGGAGAAUAAUGUAAAAAUGCAAGUGGUGGCUUACGUGGUCAAGAUAUCUCAAAGGUAUCAGCGGCAUGGUUUUUAAACUGUCAACACUCCUUUAUUUCAAGUAGUGCACUGAAGAGCUGAUCUGUUUCUGACUUGUAUAAUACAACACCAAGCAGCAUGUCCCCUCCCCUCAAUACAGUGAAAUUGUCAAAAUCCAAUUAUGUUUGUAUUGUUUCCCCCCACCCAAAUACAAUUUUUCUGUACGAUAGAGAUUCCCUGAUUGGACAGCUGUAUAUAUUGCUUCUUAACUAUUGGUGAUUACCUCGCUACUUUCCAAUUUAUACAUUUAUUUGCCGGCUCUGCCAAGAUCUGUACAGUUGAUGUGCUAGUGGGUUUCCUGUAAUUCAUGCUUGGGAAAUUCUGUAACAUAGUUUCUAUUAAAUGUAUGUAAAGGACACCCAGACACCCCCCCCCCCCGCACACUACUGAACCUGUCAAUUGGUUGAGGGGAGAGGAAGUGGAUUGAUAUGAUGUGCAAACUAGUAUCUAAACUCUUGAUUUCCCCUCAUUACUGUAUGGAGUGGAGAACGAGGCACUUGUUUUUCUUUUUCCACCCGAUCAUCGCUCCUCCACAUGGGAGGGGCCUGCAUCGUUGUCUUAACUUUUGGGGAGUGGGGAUUUGUUUGUUAGUGGUAAGUUGGUGGGCGGGGUUUGACUGUUUCCACUUCCUGCUUCUGUCUGUCCACAAGUACAAAAAAGUACAUAUGUAUAAAUUUUUAAGGAGCUGUGCUAACAUUUAAAUGCGUUCUUGAGUGUAUAUGAUUUUAAAAUGUUGACAUUUUGAUUUUAAUGACAAAAUACUCUAGACAGAAAAAAAUAAAUUAUACAUAACCUGU